AUCCUGACUAGUGUUUACGACAAUGUGUCAUUUUGUUUCCGCCUCGUCUUUCUUCAUGACAAACCUACCUCGCUUAUCCCUUUGGCACUUACUAAAUGUACUUCCUCGUUUCAUUUCUAAAACCAAACACGGCUUGUAUUUCUUCAGAAAACCAUGACGAACAGUCCUGACCAAACGCCAGAUGACCGUCACAUUGUCUUUGAAGAAUAUCAAGAUUAUUACAUACAAACUGGUAGCCCGGAAGUGUGUAAAGAGACUCCGGUUACUGAGAAAGCUGUGCGCUUCUUGUCAGAUUCGGAUCCCGCGGGAAGGUUUCGUACAGUAGACUUCUAUCACAUCGUGUCAGAAUGUUCAAAAAUAGGCUCCAGAGAUUGUCGGAGUGUACUUGCUGCACUCAUCAAAGCUACUGAAAUGUUGGAGGUGCUUUGUGUCAAUCUGUUUCUCUACCCAUGGAAGAAAGAAAUAAAGAGCCUCAAGACUUACACAGGUGCGUUUGUCUACUGUCUCAAAGCUGUGUUGCCACUCAGCAUCACUCAAGCCAUCCUGGCUACAGUGGGUUACCAGCCCCAGUCUGACACACAGUACGUGCUGGCUGACUCUGUAGACCCUGAGAAGGUCAUCCAAGUCGGUUUUGACCUAUUCCUGGCCAGGAUGGAGUGUGAGCACCUGCUACAGGUCAUGAGUCAAAGUCCACAACCUGAGUGCCUUGAGAUCCUGUGCAGGAGAGGCACGUCUCCCAGCAUCACAGGUCCCGAGGAACCAGCAUCAGGGAGGGCUGAGAGGGAGAAACAAGAGAAGGAGGAGGACGUUGUGGAGGGAGAGCUCUGUACUGGGUGCCCUUUGGUGGCUCCUGGUCCACAGGAGAACGAAGAGAGCCAGGUGAGCUCACCAGGGCGGCCUGAGGUGGGCCUUCCCCUGGAGGCUGCCUCUAAGCCCCCCACACAAAGCCCCUCCCCAGGCCUCAGACCCUCCAGUACAGCCUUGAAUGAAGACCGGUUCCACCUGGAGAUGCAGUGCAACUACCCAGACCUGGCAAUUAGACAGAAGCGCAUCUUCAGUAAAAUCCCAAGGCCUCCAGCGGCGCAGAGCAUCCGGGAGAAGCAGCAGGCUGAUGAGCCUGGCAGAGCUACGUCUGGCUUAGCCAGUCAACUGGUUGGGCCCCAGUACACCUUACACACUGCAGCAGCCGAAAGCCCUCCUACGCAGCCCCUCAGUCAGAACCCCCUGCCCAGACCCACUCCUCAACAGGAUUUAAGGAGCAGAGUUGAACAGGAGGGCCCUGAGAAGCAGGGUGGGCUUGAGGCUGGGUCUGAGGCUAAGACUGAGGCCUGGACUGAGGCUGGUGAGGAGGAGGAAGAGGAGGAGGAAGUCAGACAGCUAGCGGAGCGGAUGGGCCAGAUGUAUGUGUGUAAGGAGAACCUGGGAUAUCCCAUAGAGGAGACCGGAACCCCUGAUCCUCACCCUGACCAAAGCUCCAACAGGAGCCCGGCCCCGCCCAUACUUUGCCAUCCCUCCCUGGUGCCUGUCUGUCAUAUCCCAGGGUGCAACAGCUGUGGAGUGGGCAUGGACAACCUCAGAGAGCCGCCUCACUCUGUGUACGUCCCAGCCUGUCACCUGGAGCUGUGUGACCCCAGCCAGAACCAGAGUCAGGCAACAAAGAGCCCCAGGGCGCAGAUGGAGUAUUCUGCAGUUGUAGGCCCCAGGGCGCAGCUGCAGCAUGCUAUGGAAGGGCCCAGCAUGGAGGUGCAGCACCAGGCAGUGGUGGGCCCCAGAGUGCAGCAGCACAGGAGCCCCAUACAGCAGCCUGAAGAUGACUUGCUGCAAACUUAUGUUAUGGUGGAACAUGACAAAAAGUGAUAUUAUCAAAAAUCCUAUUUUCAAGAACUCUCUUAUGCGUUUCAGUGUUUAAAAGUGAUACAAUGUUCAUUUACUUGACAUUGUGUCCAAGAAAAUGUGCUCAGUAUCUCAGGUUGCAAAUAUAUUUUCUUUCAGAUUAUUCUCAGGUAACAAUAUUUACUUGAAUCCCCUUUAAAUAAUAUAUAAUUAGGAUGUUUUAGUCCAUUGCUUUGUUUGUUCUUUGAGGAAAUGAGAUCAUUGGUGCCAAAGGGGAUUUCCUAUUAAGGUGCGACUCAGAGGGAGCCUUUCAGAAGGGAAUGCUAUGACAAUACAGCACUAACAGCACUUACUCAGACCAUGAAACGUAUUGACAAGUUAUACAAUUGUGUACAGAUUAUAACCAUGAAUGUCAGACAUCAACUGUUGCUAGAUCGUUCAUUAUGACUGAUGCACAGAUCAUUGAAUAAAACCAAAAUGCUUGCUUGUC